AUGAAGUUGUUGUCUGCUACCGUCUUGGGAUUGCUCCCGUUGGCCCUGGCCGAAUCGAUUCUGGUGACUUUCCCUUCAGGAACGCCCGACUCGGUAGUGGAAGGGGCAAAGAAGUCAAUUGUGGAUGCUGGUGGCCAGAUUACCCACGAAUACACCUUGCUCAGGGGGUUCUCUGCCAACGCUCCGGAAAAGGCCAUCCAGCAGAUGUCGACUGAAUCUGCCGCGUACAAACCAAAUAUUGAGAAAGACAUGACUGUCACUAUCCAGUAAUGGAGUGAUAGGUCUCCCGAACGAAGGGCGCUCGCCCUUCUCUAUUAUGCAAAGUUAAUGGCUAUUCCCCGCUGGUCUCGGGGCUUGACCGCUGAAGGUCGGUGAUAAAUGGGAAACACUAGGUAUAUUGUAAUUCAGAACUGCUAUGUGUCUUUUGACUUCUUUUGUUUUUGGCGGGGAGGGGUAUGCGCCUUGUAUAUGUCCAGGAUGGGCUAUGUUCUGUAAGUCUUUUUUGGUGCCAUGUGAACCUGAGAUUACUUUAAUUCGCGAUUGAAUCAUGAUUACCUGUGCG